CACCUUACAGCCGUCCUGAAACGGCUGAAACAUAACGCCAUGGUAGAGAGUCUUCACUCCGCCUACUGCAUUUUGACAUGGAACCGGUCUAUCGGGGUCUGGGUCGCUGUGUGUGCUGUUUCUGGCUCGCAGUAGCCUUUGACAUUGUGGGACUGUUCGUUCUUCUCAUCGGAGUGUUUGUGAACGUGUUUUUUUAUGACCUGCUCAUCUACGCGGGCGCCAUCGUCAUCUUCCUAGGCCUCAUCUGGUGGGUGUUCUGGUACUCUGGGAACAUCGAGGUGCCCCCGGCGGAACUGGAGGAUGAUGUUGGGCUACUGAAGAAGGACAAGGGCGCGCUGGGCGGCAUCGGCGGCGCGGUGCGGCGCCUCAGCAGCCGCGUGUCCAGUGGCAUCAGGAACUCGUUCCGCAGGAAUGGAGGGGGGUCCAGUAUUCUUGCGGGCGCGCAGGGGUCUUCAGGCGCCGAGGCUCCGCGGGCGGAGCAGGUGGCCAUCGCUAUGACAACGAGGAGCCCACAGGAGAAGACCGUGCACAGUACCGUCUCGUCAUUGGCCGACUGUGACGUAGAGAUGCCCCACACAAGUACAGAGACUUCACCAACAUAGUGGAGGCCGGCAGACAAUAAUUUAUCAUUAGUUCCUUGAGCAAAGGAGAGCCCGUCCUACAGUGCUUGAGGCUGUCUUCAGUUGCAUAACAUUUUUACUGUUGUGUGUUUCAUAAUUGAUAAAGAUAUAUAGAAGAAUUGUCAGCAGUUGUUGAGUGUAAGAAGACAAACUGUAAAUGUCAUGUUUUUCAUGUCAUGUUUUUUGAGACUUGUGUAUGUUAGUUACUAAGUUUUUCCUAAGAUUGUAUACUGAACAGAAAAUGUGCAGUCUCAUGGCUGGAAGUCACACCACCUCUGAACUGGGGAAGACCAGUGUGUAGUAUGCAUCUUGUUACAGAAAUUAACUGCAAAGUGACUGAAUUUGGACAUUGAAUUUGUUCUUGUCACCGAUAUAUAUUUAAUCACAUUUGCAAUUGUUUUAAUCAAAGUAUAUGCAUGUAUGUGAUGAUUUUUGUGUGACUGGAAUGUUGUGAUGUAUUCAGUGUAUUUUAUGUGUUUUCAAGUCUGUCUUGUUAAAAUGUCUUGAUCUCAAUGACACACACAAUGCAUCACCAAAUCAUGAGUUAAAUACAUUGUAUUGUUAUUGAAUUAUCAGUCCAGGGCGUUGGUCUCCUGGUCAGUUGGUCGUCUGGUCAGUUCAUAUGCUCUCUUUUGAUCAAAUUGCCAUUGGUAGGCGCUGUUUAUUUUAUAAGGAGGAAAGCUAAAUCAACCCCCUUUCUGGAUUAAAUUCAGGACUUAAUUUCACAAUUUUAAAAAGUCGGCUUCAAACUAACUGUCAAAAAGUUGUUAGUGUGCCUGCAUUUUGUUGAAACAUAUUAUCAAAAAGGCGAAUGUAAACUUUACAAACAACAGCCGUGUCCCAUGCCGGUUUCAUCCCUUUUUUGUGUGCCAUUGAAACACAUCCAUUCUUGUCUGUUUUACUUUCGCCUGUAUUUGGUUGUACCGUGUGUUUUGGCAGUGUGUGUAUUGUAAAAUUGAUAACAUUUUCUUAAUCUGCUUAAGUUUUGUCUAUUCACGUGUAUUUUCUCAAGUUGCAGUAUAUUGGGCUCACUGGGCCACCAUACCAAAAGGUCCAUUCUUUUCCAGUCCUCUUUUUAUGAUUUAUAUGACACCAUAAUCACAUAAUCAGUCAUCUUGACACCCAGAAUAACAUUCCUGACUGUUUUGUGCAGACUAUAUACAGUUCUAUUUCAUUCUACUCCUAAUGUUCUGAUCAGACUAAUGAUUCAUCCUGUCUGCAUUCAUGAACUGUAGAGAUGGAUGAACAAAAACUUCCUGCAGGUGAAUUGCAACAGAAACGUUUACUUCAGCAUUUGUAUUUUUCCAGUCAUACUAGUGAAACACACUUUUUUCUCUGGCUCAAAUUUAAGUAUCCAACUCCAGCUUUUAAUCUACUGAGUCAGACAAAUAUUUCAGAAUUAUCUUUAAUCCACCUGCCUGAUGUUUCUUUUCCAAUCUACUGAGCUGCUAAAAAGAAAUAUGUGCUGAAUUGCUAUGUUCAGCAUUCCCCGGAAUAUAUAACUGCAGUCUAAUGAAUUUGUCCUGACUGACUCAAUCAGCUCAGUUGUCCACAUUGCACAUGUCCACAUCACGUUGAUUCAGGUUCAUGCUCUGAUCCUACACCUGACCGAUUUUUCUUAUGUAGCCUGGGAUUUACUGAUCUUUGCUUGCACCUGAAAUUGUUGCAGCAGCCAACUUGUAUAUAAUAUAAUAUGUAAUACAAUCAAUGAAUGUGACCUUGUGACGGGCAGUUUCAAUGAACAGACUACUGCUGUGAAAAAAUGGUGUAGCUGGCAACAGGCCUCAUUGUUCCCACCCAUGAUGAUAAGAAGCCUCACUGUUUAACCUUUGGAACCAUCUGCUUUCAUCACACAGCCUUUUCCUCUAACUGCUUUAUUUCCAUACUUUCCACCUUCUCUAUCAAUUCUACAACUAAGUACAUUGCAAAGAACUCUGUUCAACCACUGUCCAUGUCGAAGGGGGAUUAACAUAUUUACUGUGACAAUUUAUCAAAUUUGGUGAUGAUAAUGGUUAUGGGUUCCUGGUGAGUAGUGGGUGUUUUACAGAGUGAAGCCUAAUGGACAAGUCCACAUUGCUUCAAAACAUAGACAUGAAAUUGAAUAUAUGCUGUCUAAAAGCUGUAUGUUUCUCUUGGUGUCGUCAAUAAAUUAAUUUCAAUUUA